UUAUACAGGGGGAAAAAACCUCCUCUUCUUCAACCUCAAAGCUUCGUCGUCGUCGCCGGAUCUGUAGCUUCAGCAUCUCCGGAAAGACAACGUCGCCGGAAAAAUGACGCUGUUUCACUUCUUCAACUGUGCGAUUCUCACCUUUGGUCCUCACGCUGUCUAUUACUCCGCCACGCCGUUAUCUGAAUAUGACACACUCGGCACCUCUGUCAAGGCUGCAGUUGUUUACCUCGCAACAGCAUUAGUAAAGCUUGUUUGUUUGGCAACCUUUCUUAAAGUAUCAGAGACCGACACUUUUGAUCCGUACCAGGAACUACUGAAAGCACUGAUUGGCUUCAUAGAUGUCGCCGGUCUAUAUUCUGCAUUGACUCAGCUGACUCACAGGAACAUCUCCCAAAAUCACAAAUUUCAGGCAGUUGGGCUCGGAUGGGCUUUCGCUGAUUCUGUUUUACAUAGGUUGGCUCCUCUCUGGGUCGGGGCGAGGGGGCUCGAGUUCACGUGGGAUUACAUUUUGCAAGGACUUGAAGCGAAUGCGAAUCUGGUGUUUAGCAUAUCUUUAGCUGCUCUGGGUUCGUUGAUGUGGCUACGAAAGAACAAGCCCAAGACCCUUAUCCCCGUUAUAUACAUGUGUGCGGGGAUUUUAGCGACAAUGCCUUCUAUUACGAGCUACCUAACGCGAUGCAUGGGAUGGCAUUUCCCCCGAGUCGUUGGGUUCGAGCUGGUAACUUCUCUGGUUAUGGCUUUCAUCAGCUGGCAACUCUUCUUCCUCUGUCAGAAACCCUCGUCUUGAUUUUACCCUGUCGAGACCCAAGGCCACUUCAACUGCCUCAAGGCCUUUGGUUUCUCUUUUUGUUGUUUCUCGGGGAAAUUCUUCUCGAAAAGCCUUCGUCUUUUUAUUGCAGGGAUUGUUUUCCGACCAAGUUGCUAUCCGUGUCGAGAGUUCGACUCCGACGUUUGGACCUUUCCUCAUGUAGUUUGGUCUCUGUCCGGUAGAUUCAUUGACAGAACAUCUCUUUACUUACCACUUUGCCGGAAAAUCAGUGAUUUUGAAUUAAACGUUGUUAGUU